AUGUUUAUUGAUCAGGAGAAUCUUGUAUUGGAGGCAUUGGUUCUCGGUGCCCCAGCAUUCUGUUUUGACAAUCUCCAAAAUGGAUUUCGUUUCAAAUCGAAAGGCUUUGAGACCUCUGCCCGUGUUGGUGAUAGAACAUAUGUGAUUGGUGGGGCAAACCAUGAUUCUACAUCAUAUAUUAGGGUUCAGAUUGAUGACAAAUCUACAGACAAAUGGGUGAUUCCCACAGUUCCGGGAACAAAACCAAAGCCCUGUAAAGGCCAUUCAGCCAUCCUUUUGAAUGGAGAUCGAAUAAUGAUUAUUAUUACGGGUUCAACCCCAGAUGACUGCAUGUGGUUUCUUGAGGUGGACACCAAGUAUGUUAAGGAACAGAAAAAGGAUUUGGGAACUGAAGUUGUUGCCUGGAGUAAGGAUAUGAGAGGUGACGCUGAGAAGCCACUUGUUAUCAGUGGUCCUUCUGGAGUUCGUAAGGGGACGUUAAUAAACAUGCUUAUGAAGGAAUUCCCAUCCAUGUUUGGGUUCUCUGUCAUCCGCACAACCUGUGCACCAAGGGGCAAUGAGAACAAUGGAGUUCACUACCAUUUCACUGCUCGAAGUGUAAUGGAGAACGAUAUAAAAGAUGGGAAAUUUCUCGAGUUUGCUUCUGUACAUGGGAAUAUAUAUGGAACCAGUAUUGAAGCUGUUGAGGCAGUAGGUGACUCUGGGAAGGUAAACUGUACAUAUUACGGUUCUCUUAAUAGUAGUUAUAGUACCAAAUGGAAAACCCAGUAGUUUAAAAUCCUAAUA